AUGAACCUCUUCGAUUUUAUUCUCAUGCCUUUCAGCAAAGCGCAUACUUCAGAACCAAAAAGCCAUGUCUGGGAUCCAGAGACUGUGACCAUGCAGAAACCAACUGCUCCUGAACCUCCCAGCACAAAGACUUCGACAGCGGCCCCAGAAUCAUCAGAUCUGAACUUGCGAGGGGGUGGUGAAGCAGGAGAAGUUUGCUGUGGAGUAAGCAGAGGUUGGAGCCUGACAGAAAUGGGGCCGAGUGAAGGCCUUGCUAGUAGGGCUGAAUCCGAAAAGGGUGGCGACUCUCACCCUAGAACCCUGCAGUCCCACAUAUGCCCACCACAACAAGGCUCAUUCAACUUUUCCUGUCGAAAUACGGAAUCAGAGAUUCCGCAGGUCCAGACCCUGAAAGAACAAUAUUACCGCACACAACAUGACCUGGUACUCGACUCCCUAGGCGACUUUUUGUCUAAACAGGUGCAUGAGGCUUGUGUCUCACUGUAUCUGGUCCAGAGUCUUUCGACUCCUAUCAGAGCACAAAUCUCGACUGAGCCAAGCGCCCCACGUCAACGUGCGCAUAAUGAUAGUGGGUCAGUUCGUAUUCGUGUUGAUAUGUAUAUGUCUCAGAAUGGUAUUGGGAUAAUAUAUACCAGUAUCAGCAUUGAUAACUACGUAGUUGCAAAUAGCAAAUCACGGAUAUUCGCGUGA